AAUUCAACGCCAAACGUCACUCUCUGUCCUGCGGUCUUUAAGUAAGGAUCCUAUCUCAAUAAGCCGCGAUCUCGUGCAGCCUACAGCAGCAGCCCACCGAAAGUCGUAAAAGGAUAUUUCAUCCUUCAGUAUACCCCCCCGUAACUCAAUAAACAACAACAAUGCCGGGACUUUCGGAUCCAGUUGCGUUCGUCAAGGACUUUGCCGCCGGUGGCAUCUCGGCCGCAAUCUCCAAGACGGCCGUCGCCCCAAUUGAGCGCGUCAAGCUGCUGCUACAGGUUCAGCACAUCUCGAAGCAGAUCGCCGAGGCCGACCGCUACAAGGGCAUGGUCGAUUGCUUCGUGCGUAUCCCGCGCGAGCAGGGCUUCAGUGCCUUCUGGCGCGGUAAUCUGGCCAACGUCAUCCGUUACUUCCCGACGCAGGCCCUCAACUUCGCCUUCAAGGACAAGUACAAGCAGGUGUUCCUGGGUGGUGUCGACAAGAACACCCAGUUCAUGCGCUACUUCGUCGGUAACCUGGCCUCCGGCGGUAUGGCCGGUGCCACCUCGCUGUGCUUCGUCUACCCGCUUGAUUUCGCCCGUACCCGUUUGGCUGCCGAUGUCGGCAAGGGUUCGGAGGCGCGUGAGUUCAAGGGUCUGGGCGAUUGUAUCUCGAAGAUCUUCAAGACUGACGGUCUGGUCGGUCUGUACCGAGGUUUCGGUGUAUCCGUCCAGGGUAUCAUCAUCUACCGUGCUGCCUACUUCGGCUUCUACGAUACUGCCCGCGGUAUGCUGCCAAACCCGAAGACUACACCAUUCUACGUGAGCUGGGCUAUUGCACAGGUCGUGACCACCGUUGCCGGUAUCGUGUCCUAUCCCUUCGAUACCGUCCGUCGUCGCAUGAUGAUGCAGUCUGGCCGUGCCAAGUCCGAGAUUGUCUACAAGAGCACGCUGCACUGUUGGGCAACGAUCGCCAAACAGGAAGGCAGCGGUGCCUUCUUCAAGGGUGCCUUCUCGAACGUGCUCCGUGGUACUGGCGGUGCAUUCGUGCUGGUGCUGUACGAUGAAAUUAAGAAACUUCUGUAAAUCCUUUCUUCCCGCCCCUUCCCGUUUCCCGAAACCCUGAAGAUCCUUCCCCUCCUUCCUAAUUCCUCUCCCGUCGUAAUUCCCGUUCCAUUCCAUACAAAUCGGCGUACCACAACCGUAUGUAUUCCGCACAGUAUCCUAUACCGACGAAAACCAAAACGAACACAAACACCAAAAACUUAAAAACGGCUCGGAACUUGGUGUUCGCGAACAAGAUCUUUUUUUGUAAAAAAGCUCGACAUACACUGUGCUCCACACUGUAAGCCGGUGUACACGGUAACUUCCACCUAACCGACAAGUAAAGUGUUUUAUCGAGCCCUAGUGCCAUAGAGA